GAGCGUGCGCGGUAGUCCCGUCCCCCUGCGCGAAAGCUCCACGCGCAGCCGCCGCCACGCCACUUCCUGCACGUCGGGCCGAGCGAGCCGGUCGGAGCGAGCUGGGCGCCAUGGUGGACGAGCUGGUGCUGCUGCUGCGCGCGCUGCUCCUGCGGCAUCGGGCGCUGACGCUCGAGAACAGCCAGCUCAUGGAGCAGCUGCGGCUGCUGGUGUGCGAGCGGGCCUCGCUGCUGCGCCAGGUACGUCCGCCCAGCUGCCCGGUGCCCUUCCCCGAGACGUUCAACGGCGAGAGCGCCCGGCUGCCCGAGUUCAUCGUGCAGACCACCUCGUACAUGCUGGUCAACGAGAACCGCUUCUGCAACGACGCCAUGAAGGUGGCCUUCCUCAUCAGCCUGCUCAGCGGCGAGGCCGAGGAGUGGGUGGUGCCCUACAUCGAGACCGACAGCCCCAUCCUCAGCGACUACCGGGCCUUCAUCGACGAGAUGAAGCAGUGCUUCGGCUGGGAUGACGACGAGGACAGCAGCGACGACGACGACGACAACUACUAGCCCCGCAGCCCCUCGGCUUCCCUGGGAUGCCCUGCACGCCGCCCCGCCUGCCUUCCCUCUUCUCCUCCCCCCUGCCCCGAGAUGCGGCGCCCCCCCCCCUUUGCCCGCCCUCUGCACCCUAUCCCCGUUGCUGCUCUCCUGCGCACCCCUCUACCCCCUCUAGUGCUUGCCUUUGUUCCAGGGGUAGAAUCCCCGUGGCCCCCCCUGCAGGGGCUAGCUGGAUUUUUCACUUUCCACCUUGCCAUCACCCAUUGGACCUCCCCCACCCACAGGCUACGUCCAUUCUUUGCUUUUGGGGGACUGUAUCUUGAGCCCCC